AUGUGGAACCAGAUUUAUCUAAUGCUCUGUGCAAGCGCACCUGUUUGCGAAGCGUCCAUGCAACACCCUUAUCCAGAGCCUUACCCGUUCACCAUCUCCAACGCCUCCAGCCAGAAUGCACGUGCACUUGCACUUGCAGAAAAGCGAGCAGGAUGGGAGUAUGGUCCUUCGGUCGCUGGGGACACGGCGUUUUAUCCGUCAGGCUCUAUUGGCGGUCCCGUUGCGAAGGAGGUGACGGAUCGCUUCAGCGACUUCCUCGACACGGUGCAUGCUAAUGUCAUUAAUGAUUCCAGAAUCGCCGCGGCGUCGAUGUGGAGGGAGGGUGGAUUAAAGAGCAUACACGAUUAUGCGAAGUUGUAUAAAGGACAGUGGAAGCAAUCAGCGCCCGAAGGACCCUAUCCAGGGAUCUUGACGAACUACACAGAUGAUCUCCUCUUCUCCAUGACCCAGCUGUCUGAGAACCCAUACCGAGUCUUUCGCAUUCCAAAAAACGCGCAACUUCCUUUCGAUGUUUCCAACGCCAGAGCGAUUGCCGGCCAAACAUUGGCCUCUCUCCAAGGGGCUGGCCGUCUGUUUCUUACCGACUUUCUCGAUCAAGCAAGCCUGCGGAAGACCACUGGAAGAUACGGCGCUGCUUGCCAAGCUUAUUUCUUCAUUCACCUAGUGUCUGGUGACUUCUUGCCGCUCGCUAUAAAACCCAACGUCGAAGUGGGCGAGAUUGUGUACCUAAGUGCUAUUCGAACACUGAGCGAAGAACAUCCCAUCAUGGCCAUUGUCCAUCGAUUACUCAAAGACGCUUGGGCGUUCCGAGUCGUAGCUGUUCAGCGCCUGGUCUAUCCUGGUGGUCCCAUCGACGAGCUGUUCCCCUGGAACGGCAGGGAGGCAAGCAACUACACUGAUACGCUUUACCAGUCGGGCGAAGCCAGCGCUUUUCAGUCUAACUAUUUCGAGCUCAAUCUGCAAAGACGCGGCUUGAUUGACUCAGCGUUUGGGCCUAGGAUCAAGACAUUUCCUUUUCACCGGGAUGCCUCUGUAAUUCACAACGCAAUUCGCCGUUUUGUGGCCGCUGUUGUACAGUCGUACUACCCAGAUCCUAGCGAUAUUACCGGCGAUCAUGAGCUGCAAUCAUGGGUCAGGGAAGCCAGACCUGCCCAAAUCGUCGACUUUCCCUCGUCUAUCGAGGACCAGGACAUUCUAGUCGGCAUUCUAACGCACGUUGCGCACUUGGUGUCUGUUGUACAUGGUACGCUGAACCUAAACGCUCUCGCUACCUCUUCGGGUUCCCUUCCUUUGCACCCAUUCGCAUUCUACACGCCCUUGCCGAUGACCAAAGGGGUCCGCGACAUCAUGCCCUUCCUGCCACAGGUAGAAGCUUCUGUUGGUCAGAUCGCACUAGCGGCAGACUUCAGCCGCCCUGGUUUUGUCGACAGUGACCAGACGAUCGCGCACAUGUUUGACAACACAACAAUGCUGGCUAGAAUGCCUGAGCCUGUACAAAAGGCGGAAGCAGAUUUCCAGUCUGCGAUGGAUCGCUACAGUGCUGCAGUGAGAAGUAAGGUUUUUGAUCAGGAUGGGCUGUGUGGAGGCAUGCCUUCUUGCUGGUCGACGUUAGAUCCAAACAGUGCAACUUAUUGGUUGACCGCCUGAAUGUAUAGAUGAAUCAAGGCUUCACCGCCAUGAGUUACGUAUAGUUAUAGGUAAAAUAACAUGUGCCGUUUGUAGGGUAAUUAAUAAGAGCGAAUCCAAAU